UUCCUCUGCUGAAUUUCUUUACACCGGUUUCGAAGAAUAAUUUAUUGCAUUUACGCUAAGAAAAUUUUUAAAGGACAUGUUCUAAAAUUGUUUAAGUGUGUAUUUAUCAAACUUUUUGCUUUUUUUUUUGAAAGCUCGAUACUAAACUUUAAGUGAAAGCUGCUUUGCAAAAUGAUCAAAUGCUUACAAAAGUAACUCGGGAGUUCUUUGGAAGUUGCGCAGCGAGCGAAAUCGUUUGGUGUUAAGAAAAUAGGACUAGAAUCCAAUUCCAAUGCGAUUUGCUUCUUCCAAUCCUUACAAUACGUAUUGUAGUGUAUAUAUGAGUAGACGCUUACCUAAUUGUAAUGAUAAACAUGAACGAAUCGACGAGCUUGUGCCAAUUUACAGGCUAAUUUGUAACAGCAGCAGCUGAAUUGAACUAAGCAACGACUGUUGAAAUUUAUGAACAAAAAUGAUUUAAAACUUUGGGAAUAAAAACUUGGCUGGCGAAAAUAAUUUUACGCUAUGUCGCGCCCAUUGACUAUGGCUGUGGAACCCAGUUCACCAGUGCAGAAAGUAUGGAAACCGGAAUUGUAUAAAAUACAGCUGGAAGCGCCUACGCCCAAACCUUUACACCGCUCACGUCCCUUGCCCACGAACAACAUAAAGAAUGAAGACCAUUGUUACGGCCCCGAAUAUCAUGGUUUAAUUGGGCAUUUAGAUGCCGAGCAGCUCUUGUCCAGUAAAACCGAUGGCACAUAUUUGCUGCGCCGCAGUCCCAAUGCAGAGGAUUAUUAUACUUUAAGUGUACGUUUCAAUAAUCGUACAAAGCAUUUUAAAAUCUAUUACAAACCGGGCAAAGGGCAUUACUUGUUAGAACAGUCCAAACAUUAUGAAACCAUACAUGACUUGGUUGCUGACGGCUUGGUUAACUUUUACAUGCAAUUGCAUGCUGCACCAAUUAUACAACAAAUAAAUCAGCAAACACGCAAUUGUUUCCAACAAAGUCCGUAUAUGACAUUAAAUCGGCGUAAAUUGCGUGCACUCUCUCAUGAACUGGGCAAAUCUAUAGUGGGAGCGAAAGCGCAAAGUGAAGUGGUGACAGUGAAUACAAUAAGUAAUGAAUUAGUCAACGAAGUAAACAACAUAAAUACGUCAUCGCUAAGCAACACAAGUAUUAAUACAGUUAAAGAUGUGACUGAUAACGCUGAUGCGAUACUGCCACUUGUCUAUGAGAAGGCACACACCUUCAAGGUGCACAACUUCAAGGGACUCAAUUGGUGUGAAUUUUGCGCGAAUUUUCUUUGGGGUUUCACUGCGCAGGGCAUGAAAUGUGAAGCUUGCGGUUUCAUGGCACACUUCAAAUGUGCUGAGUUGGUGCCGGCCAAAUGUGUGCCGGAUAUGAAGCGUAUACGUGGUGUGUUCGGCACCGAUUUGACCACGGUGGUGCAACUUUACCAGAGCAGUGUACCAUUCGUUGUGCGACGUUGUGUUGAAGAGGUGGAGGCACGUGGCAUGUUGCAAGAGGGUAUCUAUCGUGUAUCGGGUUUCGCCGAUGAGAUAGAUGCGCUAAAGUUGGCAUUGGAUCGUGAAGGGGAAAAGACGGACAUGUCAGAGGCGGCUUACGGCAAUGUUAACGUGAUAGCAGGCACGCUAAAACUCUAUCUGCGUCUGUUGCCAGUGCCGCUUAUCACAUUCCAGGCGUAUCCGUGCUUCAUGCAAGCAGCGAGAAGUACUAAUGCUGCUGAACAAUUAAUAAAUAUGACUGAAGCGGCAAAAUGUUUGCCGCCAGCGCAUUACAAUUGCCUGAAAUUUAUGGCGGAACAUUUGAAGAGAGUUGCUUCCCAUUACGCUGCCAACAAAAUGAAUGAACACAACUUAGCCACAGUAUUUGCGCCGACACUAAUCGCUACGCCGCAACAUAUGACCAAUUUGACGGAGGAGAUUUUCAUGUUAUCCACAUUAAUUGCGAACUGCGAGAACAUUUUCCAUUAGUUGUACAACUUACACACAACUUUAAUCUAGAUUUAAUAGCAGCGUGCAUGGAAAUUAUGGGCGUUAUGUAACCAGUGGCUCAAAGCAAGCGUACGCUCAAACCGUUUUUUUUUAUUGUUAGGCGAGAGAUGAGGAAUUGAUGUUUCUGGCUUAUUUAUGUGUUCUUUGGAGUGAAUGUCGGAAACUACGAAUUUAUAUGUAUAUGUAUGUCUGUAAUAAUGAGAAAAAAUUAGUUGUCGAAUAUUUAAAACAAAUUUUACACAUUCUUAAAUUUCAUACAGCUUUUUUAUAUGUAAAACCAAAGUAGUAGUAGUAAAAAUAAUAGUAAUAAAGAGAACAUACUCUUAUGAUAUGCAUUUAAAA